GUGCGCGGGGGCAGGGCCAGGCGGCGCGCGCUCCUUGGCUUGCUGGGCUGCGGGCAGUGCUGGGGCGGGCCGGGAUGGCGCCUCCUCCGCCUCCGCCCCAACUGCUGCUCCUGGCGGCCCUGGCGGGGCUCCUGGGUCCCAGUGAGGUGGUGGCUGAGCCGGCGGAGGAGGCGGGAGCCCGUUGUCCCGAGGGCCUGUGGCCUCUGCCCCCACAGGUGUCGCCAAGAGUGACCUACACACGGGUGAGUGCACGGCAGGCUGAGGAUGUCAGCUUCCUCUACCAUCCCUGUGCCCACCCCUGGCUGAAGCUCCAGCUUGCCUUCCUGGCCCACAUUUGCAUGGCCCAGCCCUUACUGGCCCCUGACUCCAGCCUCACCCAGGAUCGGCCCCUGGUACUGGCAGCAUGGGGGGUGGCACUGGAGAUGGCAUGGGUAGAGCCAGCCUGGGCUGCCCACUGGCUGAAGAGGAGGAGGCGGCGGAAGCAAAAGAAGGAGAAAGCAUGGUUUCGCUCUGACAGUUUUUCUGGGCCCUAUCCCUUGGUGCCAACACCGGGCAGAGGGAGGCUGUGCCGGAGAGGGUGUGUGCAGGCCACGGCUUUGGCCUUUACUCUGCGGAGCUGGAGGCCCCCAGGCGUAGAGGUGGCAUCUAGAGGGCCUAGGCAGCUCUUCCCUAGUGGUGCCAAGAGGCGUGGGCUGCGGGCUGCCCUUGGUCUCCAGCCCACCCCCUCAGCCCUGAGGUUCCGCUCUGUUUCCCCACGGAGCAUGGAGGCCAAGCAGCCUGUGUUGGGACCCCAGGGUGCAAGGGAUAAUGCCCCAUCUGUGCCCACUGGCCCACUGCUGCCUGGGGGGCCUGGAAGCAGUGUCAGCUCCAGGCUAGAGGCUCAGGUGCCCAAAGGGCAAAGCAGCCCAGGGGCCUGUGCCUGUCCGAGUCAGGCUUCCCCGGCCGCUCGGGCAGCAGCGCCUCCGCGGGCAGCCCGGGGCCCCACCCCGCGCACGGAGGAGGCCGCCUGGGCUGCCAUGGCCCUGACCUUCCUGUUGGUGCUGCUCACCCUGGCCACGCUCUGCACGCGUCUGCACCGAAACUUCAGGCGUGGGGAGAGCAUCUACUGGGAGCCCACAGUGGACAGCCAGGACACAGUGGCUGGACUCCUCUAAGAGAUGACAGGGGCUUCCCUUCCCUCAAGUACAGGGGCUGGAAGAGUCGUGGUCUUCACUUGCUUCAUACUUUUGCCAGGUUGGUCUUUCUCCGUUUCACGUCUGCCACCUCCCCAAUCCCUCCCACAGUUCCCUAAGCAUCAGAAAGGGCACAUGGUCACUUAUUUAUUUUUGAUACAAAUGUACAUGACACACAUCUUGACACUCAGCCCACCACCACCACCACACAGGUAGAGCCUGGCCCCCGGGGACAGAGGCGGGACGGGGAGAGGAGCUGGUGGGCGCUGCCAUCUGCCUCUCAGCCUUCCCAGGCUGCAGCCCAGGCUCCAGGGACCCAGAUACUGCAGGCACUGGCCUCUCAGAGGUUACAGGGAGGGGGCUCUCAGCUGAGUCAGGGACCCCGGGGAGCCAGCCCCAGGCUCAGGUGCUCAGUUCUCUGCCCCAACCAGCACAGUCCCCCUCCACAAGGGAGGGGAAGAGAGAUGGAGCCAAGUGGUUUUCCUUUUACGUUCAUAGUGAAAGGGUAUGAGUGGGGGGAACAAUGAGGGGAGGCAGAGGGCAGGACCCCAGCUGGUUACCCGGCAGUCCCUGGCCCCAGGAUGGGGGGGGAGGGGCCAACGCCCAACACGGGUCCCGCUGCUCUGGUCCCCUCCCCCCCUCACAAAACUCCAGUCGGGCCAGGCCUCCGGAACGGCACUGCCGCCCCGCACACUCACACGCAGGCACGCAGGGACACUCAGUUACCACAACGUUAAAAUUAAGGGGUGGGAGAGAGGAGAGAGAGAAAAAAGACUUUUCCAGUGUUUGUUUGCUGCUGGGGACCCCAGGAGCACAGGUUGGGGCCUGUGCCCUAGGCUGGGGCCGUUUGGCAUUGAAGGAGAGCAGCAGGGGGCUGGUGGCUACAGGGUGGGGACAUCCACAGGUAUUAUGUACAAGGGGGGAUGCCCCCGCUCAGCCCCCAAUAGGGCUGGACUGGCUCAUGGGGGUGGGGUGCAUGUAAGGGAACCACCCCAUUUGGAGUGUCCCCACCCGACCCUUUGCUGAGGGUGCCCUAGAGGGCAAGGGGCUGGGAGUGACGCCUUGUAGGCCCCGGCACACUAGAGGGGGAGGGGAUGCUAUGUACAGGGAGAGGUGCAUGGAAUGUAGGGGACAGAAGCUCCUGCCACCUCACCUCCCCAUCCUUGGGGGCUUGAGGGGUACGGGCACCAGGGCACCUGGCUGCCAGGUCAGAGUGGCAGCACUAAGGGCACUUGUGCCAGCGGCUCUGUUGGGGUGGGGAUUAGUGUCUGGAGUGGCCCAGCUCCCAUGGCCAGUGAGGUCCCAGGGUGCGGGUGAGGGUGCAGGGAGAGUGGUCACUGCUUCUUCUCUCGGGUGGUGAUGGUGACCAGCUGCUUGGCAGCCUUGGCGAUGUCGUAGGCGCACUGGAUCACCUGCUGAGUCAGCAGCUGGAAGUCCACAGGGGCGCCGGGCUCUGGGGGCACCGUCUUCCGGCACUCGCUCUGCAGCCGGUAGGCGCUGGCGUUGAGCAGCCGCAGGGAGCUGCGCACUGGCUCCAGGGCUGGCCUCUGGAGGGAGGGCAGAGGGAGUCGGGCCUUGGAUUUCAAACCACGAGCCAUGAUAUGGCCCAGUGUGUCCAUGGCUCCACUCAGGUAGUUGUCAGAUCCUCUACACCUGCCCCGCCCUGAGGCCCUGCCCCACCUGAGGUGCCGCCCAGUCCUGCUCCCCUCUCUGGCCCCUGUACCUUUGGGAAGAGAGAGGCCAUCUCAGUCACAGCCAAGUGGAUCUUUUCUGAGCACGGCACAAAGCUAUGGGGGGAGGGGAGGGUAAAUUAGGAGGGCUCUCAGGGAAGGUUCCCAGGGACAGUGGAACACUGGUCCCUCUCUUACCCUCUGCAACACCCCAGAAGUCCAUACGAGCCUCCGCCCACCUCCAUACCUGUCAUGCUUGAAUUCCUGGGCAGCCCGCAGUAAUUCCUGAAUGUUCUUGGUGACCUGCUCCGUCUUCAGGAUGACAUCCUCUGUGCUGGGAAGCCCAGGGUCGAGGUCUCCAUCCAGGCUUUCCAACUCCGGGUGGAAGUCCUCUUCCUUGCCCAGCUCUAGAAACCUCUUCCCUUCCAGGCUGGGGUUAGAGAGGAGAGAGGGAGGCAUUCCAGCCAUGAGGCCGCUUGCCUACACACUCACAGACGCUCAGGGGCCACUCACCCCCCCUCCCCCGGGUGCCUCACCCCAGCAGCGGGUCCCCACUUUGCGUGUUCUCAUAGUCACUGUCCGCUCCGCUACCAUGGCGGGAAAGCUUGCUCUGGAGGGGUACAGGGAAGGGGUGGCAGGUAAGGUGCACGUUCACAGACCCCCCGCCCAUCACCUCCCAAGCACACAUCUCACUCAGCCCAUCUCUCUGGCCCUGGGGAUGCACAUUACCGAGUGGCGGCUUCCUUCCUGGGAGCACGACAGCAGUGGGGAGGAGGGAGUGAAGGGCACAGCUGAGGCCGACACCCCCUUACGGACCUGAAACCCAGGCAGGGCUGGAGUCAGUCUCCUCCUCCCCCCCACCCACCUUGCGGCUUCCCUGCAGUGAGGCUGGAACCAUGUGUGUCUAGUCAUCCCUGUGCCCAGCGUCCAGCAUAGAGCCUGGCACCUGCUGGGGCUCACAACCUAUUUGUGGGAACGGACCCACCUCCCUCAGGCCCUGCUUACCCGGUAAAGGCCAGCAGGGACGUGCACUGAAUAGAUGGCGUCAUCCUCCAGCUCCUGGGGGUGGCACAGUGGGCGUCAUGGAGGGCCCUGCUGUGGUCCCAGCCCCGUCUCCACCCCCCACCCCGAGGCCCGUAGGCAGCUCACGGUGCUGUGGAAAGGCUGGAGCCGGGUGGUGAGUUCAUCCCCAGGAGGGCCUCCAAAGGGCUUCAGGGCAGAGCCCGGUUCAUACAUGGAGAAGGCCUGGCGGUCUCUGCGGUGGGUGCUCCCGCCAGGCCCCAUGGGCGCGUGCUCCGCUCGUUCGCUGGGGAGUGGGGCUGUGGGCACUGGCCCUGGCGGCUGCCGGAUCUGCAAGUUCUCGGCCUGCAGCUUGUGGAUCUGAGAAUGAGAGUGGUGUCAAGACACUCCGGAUGGUCCAGGCAGCUCCACCACCUCCAGGAGGGGGUAACUCCUCCCCGCACUGGGGCCCUGGGAGGCCCCCAUCCUCACCUCCCGCUGCAGCCUCCGGAGCUCAUCACUCAAGCUGCUGUUGACUUUCAUGAGCUGCUGCACCUUUGCCUCGGAGGCAGCCAGGGCCUUCUUGAGCUCCAGGUACUCCUGCAGCGUCACGGCCCCGUCCGACAGGUCUGAGGAGUCCAUGCUCUGCAGAAGGAGAUGUGAGCCGUCAGUCCCCUUGUCCCCGAGGCCCGAGCUACGAGAGGAUGGAGCAGGGCUUUGGUGGAGGCGUGGGGAGGGGCAGUGCUCAGACCCGAGCACGGUUGUUCCGAGUGGCACCGGCGCUGCGCAGGGGCUCCUGGUCUGUGUCCUCGUCCGAGGCCACGCUGUCGUAGUCGUGCUGGUCGUCCAGGUCACUCUGGCUCCGCACAGACAGCUCGAGGUUGUCUGAGGGCACAGGCCUGUCACUCAGGGCUCACACGGCCCAUCUACCAUGCCACCCCCAGAAGGGAGCCAUGAGAGAGAAUAUCCUGGAACAGUGCCCACCACCGCGCCCCCAUCCACACCCUUCCCACCUGUGGGGCUGCUCAGGCUCUUGCCCUGCUGUCUCCGCUUGGCCUCACUGAGAAUGUCGAUGAUCAAGGUGGCAAACUCUCGGGCAUUAAAGCGGGCCAACUUCUGUCGCCCCUGAGAGGCAGAAAGGGCCAGGCCGGUGUGAGAAAGCCCUUAGGGCUGACACACAGAGAUGGGGACAAAGCAGCCAGGCCGUCCGACAGUUGACUUAACCACAGCUAAAACGUGCCAGACCAGCUCGCCGGGCCAGGGCAGGGGGUGGGGAAUGACACAGAUUCGGGGUGCCUAGGGGAGCUCUCAGGAAGAGGCUGGAACACCUCCCCAGGGGGCUGCUCACCAAAUGCUCCAAAGAACAGCCUCCUCCCCAUCCCCAAAUCCCAGAGCCAGCGGGGCCAGGGAGAGGCCGCAGCCAGGAGUGGGGAAGACUCGGCCCAGACAGCAGCCUGCCAGGAAGGGCAGGACCCAUAGAGCUGGUGACCCCAGGAGGGGAGAUCAUCGCCCCAGCCCCCCGCCCCCGCCCCCGGUCCAGCCCACUCACCUGAUUCCGCGUGGCUGAGUAUUCAGGGUUAACGGGCAGGAAGGGUACGGCACUGCGCUCCGUCACCAGGGUGCUGUGGUUUUGGGUUGCCAGCCACACUGGGGGGGAGGGGCAGGGAGCGGAUGGUCCGCGGUGGCCAGGCCCACGGGGUGGAGGUGGGAAAGCGAGGAGCACAGCCUUCCGAGCUCCUCCCCAUGCCCACCGAGUGUUGGUGUUCAAGAAAGGGGUGGUCUCCGGACAGGGUAAGUAAGGCUGGGUCAGGGAGAGGCCGGUUGGGGACUGACAAACAGAACAAGGCGACUCCCUCCCGCCAGCCCCUGCCAACCGGGAGUUUGGGCUGGAAUCUGGCUGUGGCCAGGAAGAAGGGAUGUAGGGGGCGGAGUGGGACUGGGGAGAGAGCCAAAGUGGGAGGCAGCCAGAGCAGAGGAGCCCCAGUCCAGGGCGCUGGGGGGAGGAGCAGGCUGGCCGCGUCCAGCUCAGCAUGCUCUGCCUGCUGGGCUGGGCUCACAGCUGGCCGGGGCUUACGUGCAGGCCUGCCGGGCAGACCAGCCCCCGGUACCUCUUCCUAGUCCCAGUAAAAGGACCCCAAAGCCACACCAGGUCCCAGCCCCUCCCCAGCAGGCAGGCGCGCUGUCCCCUCUGCCCAAGACUUCGAUCCCCUCCCGGCUCACCAGCGUCAUUUUCUCUUCGAUCCACCUCGUCAUACACGUCCAUGGCAAGUUCCUCAAAAAGCCGGUUGCUGAGCUGGAGGCGGAGACGGGGACCCAGGCUUUGUCAGAUCAACUGGCCCCCCAGUGCCAAGCAAGCCAGCUCACCAGGAUCUUAGAAGAUGUCGAAAACGAUUUGUGUGUCCCUUGUGCCGCCCAGCCCUCCCCCCAGUCUCAGAACUGGCAACUGGGGUAGGGGUCUGCCUGCCAAGCUCCGUGGUGGGAGAGGCAGAGGGAGACCAAAGCAGACUGGUUAGUGCCCAGGUAGCUAGAGAUGCGCCUCGUGCCCUGGGAGCCUUAGGAGGGCAGACCCAGGGUCAAAGGCGAGGGGUGCGGAGGUGGAGGACAGGCGACUGAGGAGACUAGAGUGAGGGGCAGGUCCAAGACUUAGAAGAGGGCACCAGGUCAGAGAAAGGGGGAGCCGUUGCAGGGACAGCCGUCGCAGGGACGGGGGCGGGUCAGAGAUGGAGGGCAGCUCCAAGCCUUAGGGGCCCGAGGAGACUCACCGCCUGCAGCUUCUUCUUGGCAGCUUUGGCCAACUCGGACAGGUCUAGGCUGUGGACGAAGGAGGGAGAUGGGAUGGGGAAGAGGGGAGGGGCCAGAUGUGAGCGGUGGCCAGGCCCCUGCCAGUGACCUCCCAAACAUGCAGGAUCCCAGGGAGACGACACCCCAGGUGCUGCACACCAAACGCCUCCCUGCCCCACCAAACCUCCAGAGCCUGUCCCCGAGCAGGCACCAUAUACCUCUGAGACAUGCACUUUUGCCGAGAUCUAAGUCCAGAGGAAGGCAGCAGAGGGAAGAACAGGACAGAGGCAGCAAUUACCCAGGAGCAGGGCAGCAAACGCCUUCCCACGUCAAGCUCAGACCCGUCGCCGUGCACACACCAGACCCAGAGUGUACCAAGCCCAACUCGUCUUCCCCCCAGCCCCUCCUCGGCCGGCUCGCUCUUCCUCUCAGUGACCCACCGCACCAGCGGCAGCUCCUGGGGGUCACCUGCAACCUCCCUCAGCCUCAAGCCCUAGCCAGGCUUUCCCCAGGUUCUGCCAUUCCAUCCUCCUGCCUGGUCUUUUGCAACAUUUCUUCACCCAUCUUCCCGCUUCCAGUCUUGCCCCUGCACCCCUUUAUUCACCCAGAAGCCAAGGUAUUUUUGACACAUCUGGCUGCGCUACCCCUCGCCUUAAGAACUUUUCAAUAGUAACAGGUUAUGUAUGGCACACUUCAACAAAAAGCUCACUUAAAAAUAUGCUAGGGAAUUCCCUGGCGGUCCAGUGGUUAGGACUCGGUGCUUUCACUGCCGGGGGCCCAGGUUGGGGAACUAAGAUCCCGCAAGCCACGCGGUGCGGCCAAAAAAAUAAACGAAAUAAAAACGCUAAAUGCUUUGCAGGCACUAUCUUAUUUAAUCCUCUCAGAAGCCCAGAAAGAAAGUCACCCUUAUUUCCAGGAGCAGUAACUAAGGCUCAGAGAGAUUAAGGAGCCUGCCUGAAGCCACACAGCCAGUAAGCGGCAGAGCAGACUCCACACGACCGUGUUGGAACCUCUCUGCUCUUGGGGUGGUCUCAGCUCUUGUCGGGGCUCAGGACCGGCCACUCUCUUGCCCCGUCUCUCUUCCAGUCUUGCUCCUGGGAUUCCCUGCCUCUCACAUGCUUCAGCUACACAGUCUGCCUGUAGUUCCUGGCACAGCAUUUCUGACGUCUAUGCCUUUGCCUCUUUUGCUGCACUCCCCACAAUGGACUACAACUGACUAGGGUGCCUCUCCUCUUGGCUGUGAUCUCCUUAAGGGUAGGGAUCACGCCUGAGUUACCUCUGGGUCCAGCAGCAAGAACAGCUGGCACUGGGAAGGUGGUCGGUUAACAUUUCAUUGAGAACACGUUUACAACACACACGCAAGCAGGCAGACACAUCAGGCAAAAUCAGACCAGAAAAGUAGCGGGGUGUCUUGGGGUCUCAGCAGAGAGAAGAUCUGGGCGUUCAGGGAUCCGAGGUGCCCAGGUCUGACCAUCCCCAUCUGGCCACACUGGCUUCUGGAGAGGGAGGGAGCCUCCUCUCCAGAUCCAGGCCAGCAGGCACAGCUUGGCCAUCGCGGGCAGCCACCAGGUGGCGCUAGCAUCCAUCUUGUGAGCUGGGUGAGCAUCCCCCCACCCCACCCCCCACCCCCACCCCGAGCCUGAGCUCCUGGGGCCUCUUGGAUAAGAGGCAGAAACACCUCUACUGGCCUUGGGCCCGCAGCCCCUGCCCAAUUUUGGCCUGGCAGAAUCCCAAAGUUAGUCAAACUCCCAGGGCCCACCACCUUUUCACUGAAGAGCAAAAAUUUGUCUAAAGAUUUUACAGUUGGGGUCAGUGCCACUGGGAACAGAACUCAGUGAUCCGCUGCUCCUAGGGGGGCUGUUUCUGGUACUCAAACCCCAUGUGCUUGACAGCCACGGGGGUUAGGCUGUGCUGGCCGUGUGCUGAGUCAACAUCUCUUACCUGCCUUGGGGCCCAGCAUUAGGGAGUGAGGACUGGACUGCGAUAUGCUUGUGCCUCCAGCCCCGA